AGGAAGAACACGGGCUUUAACGGUAUGGAGGAGCAGACUGUCCACUGUUAGAUCAGCAGCAGAGGCAGGCCCGAGCCUUGUGUAGCGGUGAUUUGCUUCCCCCCCUCGAUUGAAGCAUUGAGGAUAAUGCGGGUGUUUUCCUCCCUUGCUCCUUUCUCCAACCACUGAAUAUCCUGCACAGACCUGAGCUCGGAAAGAUGCCUGUCCAGUGUUUCUGCCUGGCAGCGCAGGCUCGAUUCGACUCAAAGUGGCUGAAGACGGAUUUGCAGCUUGCGUUCACUCGAGAUGGACUCUGUGGUCUUUGGAAUGAAAUGGUCAAAGAUGGUGAAGUUGUUUAUGCGGGUCCUGAAGCAAUGCAAAAUCUUAAUGACUCGUUAACAUCAAAAGAGGAUAAUAAUGAAUGUCAGGCUGGGUCAAAGAAGGAUGAACAGAAUGACAAAGAGAAAAAGGAUGAAGAGGAGACGCCAGCAUCCACUUAUCGAGCCAAAACAAUUAUCGAGUCAUGGGUUUGGGGCAGACAGCCAGAUGUGAGUGAAUUGAAAGAAUGCCUACAUAUACUUGUGAAGGAACAGCAGACGAUUGCUGCACAAGCUGCAACCACAACCCUCUCUGGGAUAAGACUGAAACAGAGAUUGGCAGUCCUCGACCGAUACUUCAUUGCACUCAGUAGAAGUGUACUCUUGGAACAUACAAAUGUUAAAUGGAAGAGCAUUAAUGUACCCAUGCCUGUUGCCGACAAGAAAAGUUCUAGGCCAGUUGGGAAAGGUGUUGAAGGACUUGCCAGGGUUGGGUCCAGAGCAGCACUUUCAUUUGCCUUUGCAUUCCUUCGCAGAGCUUGGAGAUCAGGUGAAGAUGCAGACCUGUGCAGUGAGUUGCUGCAGGAAUCUCUUGAUGCACUUCGUUCUCUCCCAGAAGCAUCAUUGUUUGAUGAAGGAACAGUAUCCAGUGUGUGGCUAGAAGUAGUGGAGAGAGCAACAAAAUUUCUCAGGUCUGUUGUUACAGGUGAUCUUCAUGGAGCACCAAGCUCUAAGGGAUCAGGGAACAUUCCACUUCAAGACCAGCAUUUGGCACUUGCAAUACUUCUAGAAUUGGCAGUACAAAGGGGAACACUGAGCCAAAUGCUGUCCGCUGUUUUGCUACUACUGCAGCUUUGGGAAAAUGGAACCAGGGAAACUGACAAUGAAAGAUCUUCACAAGGUACCAGCGCACCACUUUUACCUCUUCUGCAGAGAUUCCAGAACAUACAGUGUGGAAAAGAUUUGCCAACUGCAGAUGAAGAGAUAUUGGGAAAUCCUCUGACCCCAAAUGAAUGUUUUUUGAGGUAUCUUACUUUACCCCAAGAUAAUGAUUUGGCUAUAGAUCUACGGCAGACAGCAGUUGUGAUUAUGGCUCACUUGGAUCGUUUGUCAACUCCCUGCAUGCCACCACAGUGUAGCUCUCCUCCAUCUCAAAAGGGAUCUUUGCAAGAAGUUCUUGGCUGGGGGCUGCUUGGUUGGAGAAGUCAAACAACAGUGAUUUGUCCAAUUCAAUGUGAAGGCAUUGCUAAUCUUGGAGUGAUGCAGAUUGCCUGUGCUGAGAAAUGCUUCAUUAUUCUAUCAAGGAAUGGAAGGGUUUACAUGCAAGCAUACAGCAGUGAUACACUGGCACCACAGUUGGUUCAGGGGCUUGCCUCAAGGAACAUUGUAAAAGUUGCAUCGCAUCCAGAUGGUCAACAUUUUCUGUCCUUGUCAGCAGCUGGGGAGGUGUUCUCUUGGGGAUGUGGUGAUGGUGGAAGACUUGGCCAUGGAGAUACUGUUUCUCUUGAAGAACCAAAGAUGAUUGCUGCUUUGUCAGGAAAGCAAGUGGGAAAGCAUGUUGUUCAUGUCGCCUGUGGAAGCACCUACAGUGCAGCCAUAACCUCAGACGGGGAAUUGUAUACAUGGGGAAGAGGAAACUAUGGCCGACUUGGACACGGGUCCAGUGAAGAUCAGACCACACCCAUACUGGUGACUGGAUUGAAAGGAUUGAAAAUUAUUGAUGUUGCAUGUGGCAGUGGGGAUGCCCAGACUCUAGCAGUGGCUGAGAAUGGUCAGGUAUGGUCGUGGGGGGAUGGUGACUAUGGAAAAUUGGGCAGAGGUGGCAGUGAUGGCUGUAAAACCCCUAAAUUGAUUGAAAAGCUCCAAGACCUUGACAUUAUAAAAGUGCGCUGUGGCAGCCAGUUUUCAGUUGCAAUUACAAAAGACGGACAGAUUUACACGUGGGGAAAGGGUGAUACCCAAAGACUUGGACACGGAACUGAAGAGCAUGUGCGAUAUCCGAAAUUGUUGGAGUGUCUUCAGGGUAAAAAAGUAAUUGAUGUUGCUGUUGGAUCUACACACUGCAUGGUACUGACCGAAGAUGGUGAAGUUCAUAGUUGGGGCAGCAAUGAUCAGUGUCAACAUUUUGAUACUCUGAGGAUAACAAAACCAGAGCCAGCUGCACUGCCAGGCCUUGAUACUAAGCACAUUGUUGGCAUUGCUUGUGGGGCUGCUCAGAGCUUUGCUUGGUCUUCGUGUUCAGAAUGGUCAAUUGGCCUUCGUGUACCCUUUGUUGUGGAUGUUUGCCAGAUGACAUUUGAGCAACUGGAUUUGCUGUUGCGGCAAGUAUGUGAAGGAAUGGAUGGCACUUCAGACUGGCCUCCACCUCAGGAAAAAGAAUGUAUGGCCGUUGCAACACUCAACCUACUGAGACUUCAGCUUCAUGCUGCCAUUAGCCAUCAAGUUGACCCAGAAUGUCUUGGUUUAGGCAUAGGAAGUGUUCUAUUGAAUAGCUUGAAGCAAACUGUGGUGACUCUUGCCAGCAAUGCUGGAGUUCUCAAUACGGUUCAAUCAUCAGCACAGGCUGUGUUGCAAAGCGGAUGGUCUGUGUUACUCCCCACAGCAGAGGAAAGAGCCAGAGCCCUUUCGGCUUUGCUACCUAAUGCAGUUUCAGGGAAUGAAAUGAAUGUAAGUCCAGGCCGUCGAUUUAUGAUUGACCUUUUAGUGAGCAGUUUGAUGGCAGAUGGGGGUUUAGAGUCGGCACUGAAUGCUGCAAUUACAGCGGAAAUCCAGGACAUAGAAGCAAAGAAGGAAGCCCAAAAAGAGAAGGAGAUAGAUGAACAAGAAGCGAAUGCUUCAACACUCCAUCGGAGCAGAACACCACUGGAUAAGGAUCUCAUUAAUACCGGCAUAUAUGAGUCUUCUGGGAAACAGAGCUUACCGCUUGUUCAACUUGUACAGCAGUUAUUAAGAAACAUUGCAUCACAGAGCAUUGCUAAAUUGAAAGAUGUCACACGGCAUAUUUCUUCUUCUUUGGACCAUGAGCACUUCAAUCAGGAGAGGUCAGCUUCUUUGGAUUUGUUGCUGCGAUUUCAGCGUCUGCUAAUCAGCAAACUUUACCCUGGUGUAAAUUUCAGUUAUGAGACCAAUGGAUACAGUCCUGAGCUUUUGGGAGUAGGUUCAUUGCUUAAAAAGUAUAUUGCCCUCCUGUGUACACACAUAGGGGACAUUUUGCCAGUGGCUACCACCAUUGCUUCAACCAGUUACAGGCAUUUUGCAGAGGUGUCUUGUAUUCUUGAAGGAGAUUUAACAGGAGUUCUGCUUCCUGAACUGGUAGUUUGUGUUGUCCUGCUUCUCACUAAAAAUGCUGGACUGAUGCAGGAGGCUGGAGCUAUUCCUCUGCUGGCUGGAUUGCUAGAACAUUUAGACAGGUUUAACCAACUGGCACCUGGCAAAGAGAGGGAUGACAAUGAUGAUUUAGCAUGGCCUGGAAUAAUGGGUUCAUUCUUCACAAAUCAGAGCUCACGGAACAAUGAGGAGGUUACCCUAAUUCGAAAAGCUGAUCUUGAGAACCAUAAUAAAGAUGGUGGCUUUUGGACUGUAAUUGAUGCAAAGGUGUAUGACAUCAAAGAUUUCCAGACACAGUCAUUGAGCGGGAGCAGCAUUCUUGCUCAGUUUGCUGGAGAAGACCCAGUGGUUGCAUUGGAAGCUGCCCUCCAGUUCGAAGAUACAAGAGAGUCAAUGCAAGCAUUUUGUGUUGGCCAAUAUAUGGAGCCAGAUCAGGAAGUGGUAACCACGCCAGAUCUUGGCAGUUUAUCUUCACCUCUGAUCGACACAGAACGGAAUCUUGGUCUCCUCCUAGGAUUACAUGCAUCAUAUUUGGGAAUGAGUACUCCUUUGUCAUCUCUAGAGGUCGAAUGUGCCAAAUGGCUGCAAUCUUCCCUUUUCUCCGGUGGUUUGCAGACAAGCCAGAUUCAUUACAGCUAUAAUGAGGAGAAAGAUGAAGAUCAUUGCAGCUCCACUACAACUCCAGAUAAAACCAAACUUUAUGUACGGAAUUUAACACAAGGUGAUCACACUCAACCUUUCCUCCAGGCUAUUGCAGACAACAACAUUCAAGACUACAAUGUAAAGGAUUUCUUGUGCCAAAUAGAGCGCUAUUGCAAGCAGUGUCAUCUGACAACACCAAUCACUUUCCCUCCUGAGCAUCCUGUGGAAGACGUAGGGCGGUUACUCUUGUGCUGUCUCCUGAAGCACCAGGAUUUAGGCCAUACAGCUUUAUCUGUUAUCAACCAAAAUGCGUUAGGAGUGGAUCAAGGAAAGCUCAGAGUCUUGCCUAAGUCGGUGGGUGAUGUUUGUCGGGUGGUGUAUCAAGCCAAGUGUUCUUUAAUAAAGACUCACCAAGAGCAAGGACGUUCAUACAAAGAAGUGUGCGCACCAGUAAUUGAACGUCUGAGAUUUUUGUUCAAUGAGUUGCGGCCGGCUGUCAGUAAUGACAUUUCUAUAAUGUCUAAGCUAAAACUGCUAGGUUCCUCACCUCGGUGGAAGAAAAUUACCCAGAAAAUCAUCCGUGAAAGAAGGAGGAUGAGAGUUCCAAAGAAGUCUGAAUCUGCUGAUGUGGAAGAAUCCAAGAAUGACAACAGUGAGAGUGAUGUAGAAGAUUCCUGUGUUGUACCACUUAGCCCUGAAGGUGUGGAUAAAAAAGUCUUACCAGUGAAAUCAAAGGACAAGUGGCAACCCCUCCUUUCUUCUGUAGCAAGUGUUCACAGAUACAAGUGGCUGAAACAUAAUGUUCAGGGUUCUUUUCCGCAAUCGGCAUUAAUGGCAAAUAUACUUGACUUUGCUUUGAAAGAAGAGCCAAUUGAUGUGGAGAAAAUGCGAAAGUGUCUCUUAAAACAGCUGGAGAGAGCUGAAGUUCGAUUGGAAGGAAUUGACACAAUGCUUAAACUGGUAUCAAAAAGUUUUUUGCUUCCAUCAGUGCAAUAUGGCAUGUUAUGUGGUUGGCAAAGACUCAUCCCUGAGGGGAUAAAUAUAGGUGAACCUGUUUCAGACUGCCUAAAGGAUGUGGAUCUCAUACCACCAUUUAACCGUAUGUUACUGGAAGUUACUUUUGGAAAGCUUUAUGCCUGGGCUAUUCAGAACAUUCGAACUAUGCUAUUGGAUGCACAAGGUAGAUUUGAUGGUCUAGGCAUGCAGUCUGUCUCUCUGCAUACUGUAACGAAUGAGAAUCCUUCAGCACCAAGUCUUGGUACCAUUCCACAAGCUCGCUUCCUACUCAUCAUGAUAAAUAUGCUGACACUUCAGCAUGGAGCCAACAGUCUCAGCCUUCUGUUAAACUCUGGUUUGCUCGCAUUGACUCAAACAGUUCUGCGACUAAUAGGUCCUGCUUCUGAUAGUGGUGAGGAUGAUAUUGGUGCCUCUCUUCAUGGAGCCUCAGCCACUGUUUUAGAGGAAUCGAGGAAGGAAACCGCACCAGCUCCGCUGCCUGUCUCUGGUCCAGAGCUGGCAGCAAUGAUGAAAAUUGGCACUAGAGUGAUGAGGGGUGUAGACUGGAAAUGGGGAGAUCAGGAUGGACCACCUCCAGGAUUAGGUCGUGUAAUUGGUGAAUUGGGGGAUGACGGCUGGAUCAGGGUUCAGUGGGAUACCGGUAGCACUAACUCCUAUAGAAUGGGAAAAGAAGGAAAGUAUGAUCUGAAAUUAGCUGAACCACCACCUGCUACACAGCCAGCUACGGAAGACUCUGACACAGAGGACGAUUCUGAAGCAGAACCCAUUGAGAAGAACACACACCCAACUGUGAUGCUGUUGAUGGGGACAGUUAAUCUUCUGCAAACAUUGUCACUUUCUGCUGGAAUUCACUCAGACCUAGUCCAGAAUGAAGCUACCAAAACUUUGUGUGGUCUUUUAAGGAUGCUCGUGGAGAGUGGGGCAUCAGAUAAAACUGUUUCUUCAGUAAACAAAGUUGUAUCCAGAGAGCAACACAGGAGCUGGUGUACCCUGGGUUUCAUUAGAAGUAUAGCAAUUACUCCUCGAAUGUGUAGUACUCUGAGUUCAUCUCAGUGGAUCAGCUUGCUGACCAAAAUUGUCGAAGGACAACAGUCAUUCACUGCUGUGUCUCUGCAGCGACAGAUCUUAGCGCUGCGUUUGCUGCAAGCAGUUCUUCCUUCCUGGGACAGAGAUGAGCGGUCAAAAGACAUGAAGUUCCUUGUUGAAAAGUUAUUUGUUUUUUUGGGUAGCCUUCUGAGCACCUGCUCAAGUGACCUUCCACUCUUAAGAGAUGGAAUGUUGAGAAGAAGAAAAGCUAGACCUCCAGCUUCUCUGACUGCCACCCACAGUAGCACACUAGCAGAGGAAAUCGUUGCACUGUUGCGAACUCUUCACACUCUGAAUCAGUGGAAUGGACUUAUCAAUGACUACAUCAAUUCUCAGCUGAAUUGCAUCAGUGAAAUCAUGAGUGAUAAAGUGCCAGAGGCAACCGUCUUGGAAGAUUGCUUCCCAGAUUCAGAUAAUCCAGAGAUUAGUGGAUUGAUGGCAGUACUGGCUGUGAUUGGUGGAGUAGAUGGACGCCUGAGGUUGGGUGGUCAGGUGACACAUGAAGAGUUCGGAGAGGGGACAGUGGCCCGUAUUACCCCCAAGGGAAAAAUUACAGUACAGUUCCAUGAUAUGCGAAUGUACAGAGUUUGUCCUUUGAGUGAGUUACAACCGCUUCCAAUGACUUCCUUCAGUAUUAACAACUUGCCAUUUGCUGACCUAAUGCUGUCAGUCUGGGCUCAGUUGGUGAAUCUAGCGGGGAGCAAACUUGAAAAGCACAAAAUGAAGAAAUCCAGCCAAAGCCUCACAGAUCAAGUGGAUUUACACUUGUUAAGAUGUCAGCAGCUGAGAUUGUACAUACUGAAGGCAGCCCGAGCCUUGCUCAUGCACCAGGAUAAAUUGAGACAGAUUCUUUCACAACCAGCUGUAUUUGAAACAGGACCACUUUCCACAGAGGAUGCUGCAGUUUCCUCUCCAGACACUGCUGACUUUUCACCUGAGGGACCACAGCCCCCUUUGAUCUUACUCCAGCAACUGCUGAGUGCAGCUACCCAACCAUCACCAGUGAAAGCUGUAUUUGAUAGACAGGAACUUGAGGCAGCAGCCCUUGCUGUUUGCCAGUUCUUGGCAGUGGAGUCUACCCACCCAUCUACGCCUGUAUUCGAUGACAGCAGCUCAAGUGAGGCGACAACACCUGUUACAGUGCAGCCUGUACGUCCACUAAAACACAAGAAGCGCAAGCCUUCUCCCCCUCCACCUUUACCCAUUGUAGCUCAACUAAUGGAAAUGGGCUUUGGACGGAAAAAUAUUGAAUUUGCACUAAAAUCGCUUACAGGAGGCUCUGGAAAUGCUACAGGAUUGCCAGGUGUGGAAGCAUUGGUUGGUUGGCUGCUAGAUCACCCUGAUGUGCAGAUUGCAGAACUUUCUGAUGCGGAGAGCACUUUAUCGGAGUACUCGGAUGAAGAGAUUCUGGAAGAAGUUGAAGAGACUGAAGCUGCUUACGCUGUGAUUGGCCCUCAAGCAACUCUACCUAAUCCUUGGGCUGCUGUGGUGACUGAAAGCCAAACCUAUAAGAAACGUGCAGAUUUCCUGAGUAAUGAUGAUUAUGCUGUGUAUGUAAGGGAGAAUAUUCAGGUGGGAAUGAUGGUCCGAUGUUGCAGAACUUAUGAAGAGGUUUGUGAGGGAGAUAUGGGAAAAGUAAUCAAACUGGAUCGAGAUGGAUUGCAUGAUUUAAAUGUGCAGUGUGACUGGCAGCAAAAAGGUGGCACUUACUGGGUCCGAUACAUCCAUGUUGAGCUGUUGGGCUUCCCACCACAGAAUUCUACUUCCCAUAUAAAGAUUGCUGAUAAAGUACGAGUUAAGGCUUCCAUUACCACUCCAAAGUACAAGUGGGGCUCAGUUACCCAUAGAAGUGUGGGAGUUGUCAAAGCAUUCAGUGCCAAUGGGAAAGAUGUUAUUGUUGAUUUUCCGCAACAGUCUCACUGGACUGGCUUGUUGUCUGAAAUGGAGUUGGUACCCAGUAUUCAUCCAGGAGUGACGUGUGAUGGCUGCCAGAUGUUUCCAAUGAAUGGGCCCAGGUUCAAAUGUAGAAACUGUGAUGAUUUUGACUACUGUGAAAACUGUUUCAAGACUAGAAAACACAAUUCAAGGCAUACUUUUGGUAGAAUUAAUGAGCCAGGACAAUCACCAGUAUUUGCUGGACGUUCCGGAAAGCAACAGAAUAAGCGAUACAGUUGUGAGAGAGGAAUGUUGCUAGACGAUUGGUCGAGAAUUGUAAAGAACUUCGGAGUCUCCUCGUCUGUCAGCCAAAUUUCCCGCCUGAUUGAUGGCUCUGGACAAUGUUGGCAGUCUUCAGGCUCACAAGGGAAACACUGGAUUCGCUUGGAAAUCUUCCCAGAUGUCCUUGUUCAUAGACUAAAUAUGGUUGUCGAUCCUGCUGACAGUAGUUAUAUGCCUUCAUUAGUAGUAGUCUCAGGUGGAAACUCACUUGAUAAUCUCAUUGAAUUGAAGACUAUCAAUAUCACCCCUACAGACACUGUUGUAAUGCUGCUGAAUGAAUGUGUGGAGCACAGGUAUAUUGAGAUUGCAAUCAAACAGUGCAGAAGUUCUGGGAUUGAUUGCAAAAUUCAUGGCUUGAGCAUUGUAGGACGUAUCCGAGCAGAAGAUGAGGAUCUUGCAGCAAACUUCCCUUUCCUUGCUUCGGACAAUGAAGAGGAAGAUGAUGAUAAAAGCAAUACUGGAAGCCUCGUACGGAAGAAAGCAUCUGGCAUAGAAUCUUCAGCCACCAUUAGAACAAAAGUAUUCGUCUGGGGACUGAAUGACAAAGAUCAGCUGGGAGGACUGAAAGGUUCAAAGAUAAAAGUCCCUUCAUUUUCUGAAACAUUGUCAGCUUUAAAUGUUGUUCAGGUGGCUGGAGGUUCCAAAAGCCUUUUUGCAGUUACUGCUGAGGGAAAGGUCUAUGCUUGUGGCGAAGCUACUAAUGGAAGACUUGGGCUUGGACUAUCCAGUGGGACAAUACCCAUCCCUCGGCAGAUCUCAGCUCUUAGCAAUUAUGUUGUAAAGAAAGUAGCUGUGCAUUCAGGUGGUCGUCAUGCAAUGGCUUUAACCGUUGAUGGAAAGGUGUUUUCCUGGGGCGAAGGAGACGAUGGAAAGCUUGGACACUUCAGCAGAAUGAAUUGUGAUAAACCAAGACUGAUUGAGGCAUUGAAAACCAAGCGUAUUCGAGAUAUUGCUUGUGGGAGUUCUCACAGUGCUGCCAUAACCUCCAGCGGUGAACUGUACACGUGGGGUCUCGGCGAAUAUGGCAGACUUGGACAUGGAGAUAACACAACGCAGCUGAGACCAAAAUUGGUGAAGGUUCUUCUGGGGCACAGAGUCAUCCAGGUAGCAUGUGGAAGUCGAGAUGCACAAACACUAGCAUUAACUGAUGAAGGACUGGUAUUUUCCUGGGGUGAUGGUGACUUUGGAAAGCUGGGUCGUGGAGGAAGUGAAGGUUGCAAUGUUCCCCAAAAUAUUGAAAGACUCAAUGGACAAGGGGUUUGCCAGAUUGAGUGUGGCGCUCAGUUCUCUUUGGCACUUACAAAACCUGGUGUAGUAUGGACCUGGGGCAAAGGUGACUACUUCAGACUCGGCCAUGGUACUGAUGUUCAUGUUCGGAAGCCACAGGUGGUGGAAGGUCUACGUGGGAAAAAGAUUAUUCAUGUGGCUGUCGGUGCAUUGCACUGUCUUGCUGUCUCUGAUACAGGACAAGUUUAUGCUUGGGGUGAUAAUGACCAUGGCCAGCAAGGAAAUGGAACCACAACAGUAAACAGGAAACCUACCCUUGUACAAGGUCUAGAAGGACAGAAAAUCACCCGUGUUGCUUGUGGGUCUUCACACAGUAUAGCGUGGACAACAGUGGAUGUGGCAAUGCCUUCUGUGCAUGAACCAGUCCUGUUUCAAACUGCUAGGGACCCAUUGGGCGCUUCAUACUUGGGUGUCCAGUCAGAUUUAGACUCCUCCACCAUCAGCAACAAAAUCAGUGGCUCAUGCAAUUCCAAACCUAAUCGCCCCUCUUUAGCGAAAAUUCUACUUUCUUUGGAUGGGAACCACGCCAAGCAACAGGCAUUGUCCCAUGUGCUGACAGCUCUGCAGAUCAUGUAUUCUAGAGAUGCUUUGGUUAGAGCUUUGAUGCCAGCCAGCAUGAUUGCACCUGUGGAAUGCACAUCGUCAUCUCCAGUACCACCAGCAGACUCCUCUGCAGCUACAAGCCCAGCUGUUGAGCAUGCUUCGGAAGUGGCAAGUGAUGGGGAAGAGAGAGAGAGUCCCAAUCCUUGGCAGGACAGGAGAGGAGAGGUUGGACCUUCAGAGGAAGCUGUAACUCCAUCGUCUGCAGUAACACCCUCUACCUCAGCUACUUCUGCUCGUCCUUUCAUUCCAGUGACUGAUGACCCUAGGGCUGCCAGUAUCAUAGCAGAGACUAUGACCAAAACAAAGGAGUUUGAACCAGGCCCUAAAGAUCUUCUGUCAGAUCGGUGCAUUUUGUCAUGUCCUUCAAUGGAUUUAGUUACCUGCCUGCUGGAUUUCCGAUUGAGCUUUGCAUCAAACAGAAGUAUUGUGCCCCGUUUAGCUGCUUCUUUGGCAGCUUGUGCUCAGCUAAGUGCACUCGCUGCAAGUCACAGAAUGUGGGCCUUGCAGAGACUGCGCAAACUCCUGACCACAGAGUUUGGUCAGACCAUCAAUAUCAAUAGGCUUCUUGGUGACAGUGAUGGAGAAUCGCGAUCUUUGAGCUUUACUGGGACUGCUUUAGCUGCAUUAGUCAAAGGUCUUCCUGAGGCUUUGCAGCGUCAGUAUGAAUAUGAAGAUCCCAUAGUAAGAGGGGGAAAACAGCUCCUUCACAGCCCAUUCUUUAAGGUUUUAGUUGCUCUGGCAUGCGAUUUAGAGCUUGAUACUCUACCUUGCUGUGCUGAGACACACAAGUGGGCUUGGUUUAGACGAUACUGCAUGGCCUUGAGAGUUGCUGUGGCUCUAGAUAAGAGAACAUCAUUGCCACGGCAGUUUCCUGAGGAGGUGGCAAAAAAAAUCCGUGAAUUAAUGGUUGAGAAUGAAAAUAUGGAUGUGCUUCAUGAGAACCAUGACAUUUUUAGAAGAGAACAAGAUGAACAACUUGUUCAGUGGAUUAACAGACGGUCUGAUGAUUGGACCCUUUCUGCUGGUGGAAGUGGAACUAUUUAUGGCUGGGGUCACAACCAUAGAGGACAGCUGGGGGGUAUAGAAGGUGCAAAAGUUAAAGUUCCAACACCAUGUGAGGCAUUAGCAACCUUAAGACCUGUGCAGCUGAUUGGUGGAGAACAGACAUUGUUUGCGGUAACAGCAGAUGGAAAGUUGUACGCUACUGGAUAUGGAGCUGGGGGAAGACUGGGGAUUGGAGGAACAGAGUCUGUAUCAACCCCCACUUUGCUGGAAUCCAUUCAACAUGUUUUUGUAAAGAAGGUGGCAGUAAAUUCAGGAGGCAAACACUGCCUUGCUUUGUCAUCUGAAGGUGAAGUCUACUCUUGGGGAGAGGCAGAAGAUGGCAAGCUGGGUCAUGGCAAUAGGAGCCCCUGUGACCGACCUCGUGUUGUCGAAUCGCUGCGUGGUAUCGAAGUGAUUGAUGUUGCUGCAGGAGGAGCACAUAGUGCUUGCAUCACUGCAGCAGGAGAGCUUUACACAUGGGGAAAAGGCAGAUAUGGAAGACUGGGACAUGGGGACAGUGAAGAUCAGCUGAAACCAAAAUUGGUGGAAGCACUGCAGGGUUACAGAGUCAUAGAUGUUGCAUGUGGAAGUGGAGAUGCACAAACUCUUUGUUUGACUGAUGAUGAUAUUGUCUGGUCCUGGGGCGAUGGAGAUUAUGGAAAACUUGGAAGAGGUGGCAGCGAUGGCUGUAAAGUUCCAAUGAAGAUUGAUUCCCUAACUGGACUUGGUGUGGUUAAGGUGGAAUGUGGAUCACAAUUUUCAGUGGCUCUAACUAAAUCUGGAUCUGUUUAUACUUGGGGUAAAGGUGACUACCAUAGGUUGGGUCAUGGCUCUGAUGAUCAUGUCAGGAGACCUCGGCAAGUCCAGGGGUUACAAGGGAAGAAGGUGAUUGCUAUUGCAACUGGAUCUUUGCAUUGUGUAUGCUGCACUGAGGAUGGAGAAGUUUAUACAUGGGGAGACAAUGAUGAAGGGCAGCUUGGAGACGGGACGACUAAUGCCAUCCAGCGGCCACGCUUGGUAACUGCACUGCAAGGGAAAAAGAUUAAUCGUGUUGCGUGUGGUUCAGCCCACACCUUGGCAUGGUCAACCAGCAAACCUGCCAAUGCAGGAAAGCUCCCAUCACAGAUUCCAAUGGAAUACAACUACCUCCAGGAAAUCCCAAUAAUCUCAUUGCGGAAUAGACUGUUACUACUACACCAUAUCUCUGAACUCUUCUGUCCCUGUAUUCCAAUGUUUGAUUUGGAAGGUCGACUUGAUGAAACUGGGCAAGGCCCUUCAGUUGGACUUGAUACUUUACGUGGAAUAUUAAUAUCACAGGGCAAGGAAGCUGCUUUUCGCAAGGUAGUCCAAGCGACUAUGGUCCGAGAUCGACAGCAUGGGCCUGUUGUGGAGCUUAACAGAAUUCAGGUCAAACGUUCCAGAAGUAAAGGAGGUUUGGCAGGUCCUGAUGGCACGAAGUCUGUUUUUGGUCAGAUGUGUGCUAAGAUGAGUUCGCUCAGUCCUGAUAGCUUGUUGCUCCCUCACAGAGUCUGGAAAGUCAAGUUUGUUGGCGAAUCAGUGGAUGAUUGUGGUGGAGGCUACAGUGAAUCGAUUGCAGAGAUGUGUGAAGAGCUUCAAAAUGGUUUGACGCCGUUGUUGAUUGUUACCCCAAAUGGAAGGGAUGAAUCUGGAGCCAACCGAGACUGCUUUCUAUUAAAUCCAGCUGCCAAAUCGCAAUUGCACAUGAACAUGUUCAGAUUUCUAGGUGUACUGUUAGGCAUUGCUAUACGUACAGGCAGUCCUCUGAGUCUCAAUUUGGCUGAACCAGUGUGGAAACAACUGGCAGGAAUGAAUCUAACAAUUGCUGACUUGAGUGAGGUUGACAAAGACUUUAUUCCUGGGCUUAUGUACAUCAGAGAUAAUGAAGCCACAGCUGAGGAGUUCGAGGCCAUGUCUUUGCCGUUCACCGUGCCAAGUGCCAGUGGUCAAGAUAUUCAGCUGAGCUCCAAGCACACUCAUAUCGUAUUGGAGAACAGGGCAGAGUAUGUUAGGCUGGCCAUAAACUAUAGGCUGCAUGAAUUUGAUGAGCAGGUUGCUGCUGUACGGGAGGGGAUGGCUCGAGUUGUCCCUGUACCUCUUCUUUCUCUCUUCACUGGCUAUGAACUGGAAACAAUGGUAUGUGGGAGUCCUGAUAUACCACUUCACCUUUUAAAGUCUGUCGCCACAUAUAAAGGAAUAGAACCAAAUGCUUCAUUAAUCCAGUGGUUCUGGGAAGUGAUGGAAUCCUUUUCCAAUACUGAACGCUCCCUUUUUCUGCGGUUUGUGUGGGGACGCACACGAUUGCCUAGAACAAUUGCGGACUUCAGGGGACGGGAUUUUGUUAUUCAGGUGCUGGACAAGUACAACCCUCCAGACCACUUCCUUCCUGAAUCGUACACUUGUUUCUUUUUGCUGAAGCUUCCCAGAUAUUCCUGUAAACAGGUGUUAGAGGAAAAGCUGAAGUACGCUAUUCAUUUCUGCAAAUCAAUCGACACUGAUGAUUAUGCUCGUAUUGCACUAACUGGAGAGCCAGCUGCUGAUGACAGCAGCGAUGACUCUGAUAAUGAGGACGCAGACUCUUUUGCAUCUGAUUCCACACAGGACUACUUAACAGGCCAUUAGAGGAAGGAACAAAAGGAAAGAAAUUAGACUUGCAAUCAAGCAUUUUGGGUGUACCUCUGGGUAACAACAUCUUCAAAAUAUGCUGCAGGAAUUCAGAUUCUCUUCAAAGAACAAAAGUGGAUGGAAUAAUGUGGAAAAUUUAGAGUUCUCAGAAUCAACCACAGCGGACAAAUGUAAUUAUUUAUUGCUUACCAUAGCCGACUAAUACUUUAGAGCCAAUGUGUUAUUUAGAAUAUGGUACUUUAUCCCUCACAAACACAAUGCACAUGUUUUGUUUGAUGAGGUUUUACUUUUGUUGCACAAUACUAUAUAACCAUAGACACAGAAUUAGAUUUGAGAGCCUCUUCUUUGUGUUUACUAAUUGUUUGUUUUUUAAAAUGUGUUUUAGUCCAGAGGUAACAUAGCAACAUGAAGUAGCACCCAAAAUGAAUUUCUUAAGCCCUUUCACUGUGGUAGGGUGCAAUGUCAAGUUGUUUAGGGUCUCAAUAUUUGUUCUGUCAUGUGCAUUCUUUCCCUGCUGUAUAUUGAGGUAACGUGCAACAACUGAAAGAGUAUUAUAAAUACUAUGUAAGCUGACUUUAUUAGCAGUGUUUGUUUAUAUGACAGUGAACAUUUUGAAUGUUGUAUCAUUUAAAGUUCGAUAUUCUUAAAACAGCAAGAACACAUUACAAAUGGUCUCAACUCUUAGUACUAUUGGUCUUUUUUUCCCUUAAGUUUUAAAAUUCUCCUAAAUGUGCACAGAUUAACUCCAUUGUGAGGUAUGAGGGCAGUCAUUCUACUUACAUUGACAAAUGUACAUAAUUUGAUAAUUGUGCCAUGUAAACACACAAAGUAAAUUCAUUCAUUUUCUUGUGAAUAAAACCUUGGUUUAAACAACUUAA